UCUAUCUAUUGUCCGCAGCUGGCCCCCCAAAAAACACAUGUAAUGGUUAGCGGAACCCCCCUUCUUGAACCUCAUGUAUAUUUCCUUACCUCACCCCCUCGAGAACCUUGACACUGGCCAUAAAAUUACACGCUUCGUCGAUCGAAGUCAAAAGUACACAUCUAAACAGCUCUGAACUUCCGGUUUGCUGUAUGCGAUAUGAUACACGCGAUCUCAUUGGCUACUGAUAUUCUAGAGCUCUCUAGUAAAGAAAACCAAAAAAACACAAAUGUAAAUGUAAACACAUGGUUGACAUGCUGAGAUGCUCUCCGAAAAACAAAAUUUAGUAUUACUUAAAGCCAAAGAAGGCCAUAAUUUGGCAGUGCUUGGCCAAAGUGGAACGGGCAAAACUUUUCUAGGAAAGGAAUUAAAAAAAUCCUUAGAAGAAUGUGGGAAAAAAGUGGCCUUGACGGCAACUACAGGCAUCGCUGCAUUAAAUAUAGGCGGGACAACGAUUCACCGCUGGAGUGGGAUAGGAGAUGGGAGGGAUUCCUCUGAGACACUGUGCAAAAAAAUUCUCUUAGAUGAAAGUUACUUUGAUCAGAAAAGAGCAAUUUCAAACACUGAUGCGUUAAUAAUAGAUGAAAUAUCUAUGCUUAGUCUGAAGCUAUUUGAUACCCUGGAGCAUGUUUGCAGGAAAAUUAGGGACAGUGACACGUAUUUUGGCUCAAUUCAAGUGAUUGUCAUUGGUGACUUUUUUCAAUUACCACCUGUGCCUGAUCCUCUAAAGGGCGACAGAGGCGAAUUUUGCUUUUUAUCAGAAAGAUUUACAAACACAUUUACUCACUGUAUCGUUUUAAACGAAGUAAAAAGACAAAAUGAAAUUGACUUUAUUAACUGUAUAAAUGAAGUUUCGAAAGGAAAUAUGACCGAUGAGUCUCUAGCACUUCUUAGGCGAAUGAAAAGACCACUACCCCCAGGACCACCUCCAGUACGACUUUGUGCAAAAAAAUUUGACUGUGACGUUUAUAAUGCCUCUAAAUUGAUUGAUAUGCAAGGUGAAACAAUGAAUUAUGUGGCUGAAGAUAAUGGUGAAAAAAAAUAUCUAAAUUCUUUGUCUGUACCAGAAAUACUGUACCUGAAAAAAGACUGUCCAGUAUUACUUUUGAAGAAUUUAAGUGAUAACUUAGUUAAUGGACUCAGAGGGAAAAUCACAGAACUUUCUGCUAAUGAUGUCACUGUGUAUUUUGAUAGUUUGUCAAAAGAAGUAAAGUUAAGACCAGAAUCAUUUAGCGUUUACUGCACUGCACAGGAAAAAGUAAUUGCAACACGUAUCCAGAUUCCUUUAUGCCUUGCUUUCAGCAUAACAAUCCACAAGGCCCAAGGCCUCACCCUUGACAGAAUAGAAGUGGAUGGGGACAAUAUCUUCAGCCCUGGUCAGUUAGGGGUGGCAAUAGGAAGAACAACAAUCAAGAGAAAUCUUCGAAUUAUUAACUUUAACCCAAAUUCAGUGCUGAAACACAAUUCCCAAGUGUAUGAAUUCUGUGACAACAAUGUGUGUAUUGACUUUAAUGAAGAUUUAAAGUGCUGUAAAAUAGAGUUAUCUGCAACUACAGGUAAACAGGAUCAACAUUGCGUAGAAUUAAUCACAUAUGAUGUCGACGAGGAAAAUCAAUUAUCGGAUUUCAGUCAUGACGAAAUUCAAGAAAUAGACAGACUCUGUACUGCAGAAUCCAACGAAGUUUCUCUUACAAAUUUUGAAAAUAAUUUAAAAACUGAAAUUAUGGAUAUUUUUCAAAAGGUGCACACAACUGGUGGUGAAAAUCUAAAGACAAAUAGCAAAAGUUGGACAUGUUAUUAUUCAGAAGUGUACAAGUUCUCAACCUCUGAAAAAUACAAAAAACUUGUUGAGGCUUAUUUUGGGAGAAAAGCUACAACACAGGAAUUUCAGUUAUGCAGAAAUAUAUUUGAUCAAGUAUCAUCUUCGAUUAUAGAGGAACACACGUCUCAUUUGGCAAUCUCUCAAGCUGGAAAAGGGGACUCAACAAUGACAAUAUCUGAUACCAGCCAUGGUAAAAUACGCUACAUUGGUGGUGCAUGUGUUGCCAAGUCAAAGUUUCAUUUUAUGAAUUUAACAAGAAAGUCCUUGUAUAAAAAUAAAGACAAGUCAUCUAAUUCAUACUUAAAAGUGAAAAUGUUAGACCAUCUGUGUAUAAAGGACAGCUUGAUAUCUUCUAAGUAUCCAAAGUCUUUGCUUGAAACUGAAAGAAAACAAAACAUUUCACAUGGUCUAACAAUUGUUACUGACAGUGUAUUUGAAUUCUUCUUGGAGCUAAGUAAAAGGAGACUUAAGUUUCACAAUGAUGUGACAUUUGCUUUACAUGGUGCAUCAUGUCUGACACUUUGUGACAAGGAUCUUAAAGAGGACACAGAGUUAAAAAGCAUCUGGGAAAUUCUUUUUAAUGACUUUGACAAUCCCAGUCUGAGAUUAUUAAUAGAAGAGGACUCACUUCAGGCAAGCAAAGUGGAGUUGUAUGAAGACAUUGUCACCAGAUUCCUAAAAAUUGGAAAUAAUGAGUUCAGGAAAGACAUACUCCAGAAAUAUGGAAAAGAAAAAUCUGAAAGGCUUAGGAAAAAAGUUGUCUCUGGUCAAGGUAAUGAGAAAACCAGCUCAGACAGUUCCAAGAAGACAAACAAGGAUAAGACUUCGGAGAUGCCAAGUACCAGUCAAAUGGAAAAAAGAGAAAAAGUGCCAAGGAAACGAAGAUCUAAAUCUAAAGCGGCAUCGGGGAAAAGGAAACAGAGAAAAUCCAAAGAAUCAGAACAAGUAACAUGUCCCAAAUGCCACAAAGUAUAUGUUGAAGGUGAAAAUUGGAUUGCUUGUGAUUUGUGUGAUAGAUGGUAUGAUCCUAUUUGUGCAGCUCUAACAGAUGAUCAGUGGGCAGACAUAGAAAAUUUUGACUGGUAUUGUGCAGAAUGUCAGGAAUGAACAAGAUUCCAGUAAUGUGGUAACUCCUAGAUAGUAGAAUAUUCAGGUCGGGAGUCCAUGAAGAAACGAACCAAGAAACUGGUUCUUCUGAGGAACUCGAUUGCCUGACUGAGAUCUUCUUGCCCUGCUGGUG